UAAAAUAAUGAAUAAUUCAUAAGGAGCAUGAAUAAUGCAAUGUUAUUUUCUGGCUGUUCCUUUUAGUGUACUUACCCCGCCAGCCUAAUUGCCCAAGUUAACAAGUUUGGACAUAUGUUCGUCGACAUUUAGGUCAUUUGAUAAUUCUAUCUUGAGAAUGAUUAUUUGGUAACAGUAUGUCAUCAUCAUUGUCAGUAAUCAAAGUCAACACUCCUUCUGAGUCAAUUUUAUGCGCGACGAGGGGUUGUGGUCAUUGCAUUACGGUAAGAGCGCUACCGCUCACAUGGUUUGUCCUCUUGCGAGCGGGCCGUGAAAGAAGCUCAGACCGAGCCAACCUUUGUCUAAAAGUCGCCCACUUUUCCCUCAUUUUGGGGCUGAGACAUUGCUGUCACAAGCUUUGAAGGUUGACAUCUCAAGUGCAUUACAGGCCUUCUCUAUUUUAUAUCAGGUACGAUGAGCCUCAGCAGAACAUUCCGUUACCGAAGCGACAAGCGGAUCAUACCGCCGAUGCACGACCCGAGACCGAUCUCAGUGCAACACACGGCUUUUCCCUGACACUAACAAUCCGCAUGGCAGCCAUACCCAAACUGGUUCAGCGUCUGUACUGCAUAUUCAUCCGUUCGGCAACCUUAUUUUGGUCUCCCAAGCUAGGCCCAACUAUAAGCCUGAUUCUUGACAAGGAAUCGGCAAGAGAUCAUCGGUUUGCACGUAAACUGAAACAAAAGGAGAAAGAACUGGGCCUGAAGUUUGACUUCCUGUACGAGCCUCUCCCUGAUACUGCCUCCGGAUGGAAACCUCAAGGAUACCAACGUCAACUGUGGAGCAGCUUCUUCAUGGAUCUAUCCGUUAAUGCUUCCAUCAUUGGCUGGACUGAUUCGGACGCGGUGUUCACGACGCCAGUGACUCCGGAAAACAUCUUCAACGGCCAUCGAUUGCGGGUGUUAACUUUCACUGACAUGGAGCGCAUGCACAAACUACGCUGGUACGACUCCACGCUGCAGGCCAUCGGGAAGGCAAUGAUUUCUGACUUCAUGACGUACUUUCCUACCUUCGUCUGGAGAGACACCUUCACCAACUGCAGGAAUCACAUAAUGAAGCACAUGAACGUCUCUCACUUUGAGGAUGCCUUUCUCCAGCUGUCCCACUUUAGCCCCGUCAACAUCAUCAUGAACUACGCUUACUACUUCGAGCACGACCGUUACGACUGGCACUUGGAUUUCAAGGAGACUUUGAAGAGCUAUAAUGCGAAGCUACCUCCAGGUGUAAACAUAAAACCGAGUGAGAAUAAACCAGAUUUACAUGUCACCAUCCACGAGAGCUACUACACUAAGAUGCCCUACCCAUUACUGCAGGGAUAUUGCGUAGCCAAGCGCUAUGUUGAUAUCCUUCCCACAAGCUGCCAGAAAUUUGAAAAUGUCACCAACUUUCAGCUGUUCGAGUUUAUCUCUUGCAAGAAAGCUGUGAAGGCCCAUCUGAGUCCCGGGACCUGGUGUUCGGGCAACGGGCGCCGGGAGUGUAUUCGACGCAUCGAAGCGCACUACAAGAACGUCAAGAAAUAUUACAAUCUUGGAUGGUAUGACCUGGAUCUGAGGCGAAUGACUGCCGUUGAGAAGGUAGCCAGGCGGGAAAAUAUCACAUGUCCAAAUAUAUUCCAAUUAGAUUAAAUGCAGUUUCAUAGUUUUAACAUCCCCACCCGAAAUAAUCGGUACAAGAUAAUAAGCACUAAUAAGCACAUCUUAUAAUAAUCAUAAUAAUAAGCACUGGUUGUUUAGUUGUAGUGCCUGUUGGAAUAUCACUACUAUUGACAGUGUAUCACUACUAUUGACAGUGUGAGAUACAAGUAAACGGUCAAUAAAAAAAAUACCCAAUGGCCAACAUCGUAUUCCAAGCAAAUUGUAAAUAUAAAUCGUAUAUGACAAUAUUGAGCCUAGUUCCCAUAUCGAGGUAAGAAGCACGCAGAGAGCAACGCAAACAAGACCCAAAAUGCAACGCAGAAAUAAUGGAAACAUUUCUAUCCGCAAAUGUCGCCGACAACCCAAACAGACGCAAACUAUAUCGCAGACGAUCGGCAAAGGUCAACUUUGCCGACUGUUCUGCGCACUGUCUGAGAAGUCUGCGCAGUCUGCAUAAGCUUAACGUCGAUAUUGAAACUCGGCUGAAACACUGCUACAAGUCUCUUUCAAAUUAAUACCAACUUACAACGUGUGGAAUUCGUAAGAGGGAGUGUCUAAUGUCUGUUGUUUGCAGAAGUAGAGCAUGCAGUCGCAAAUCGAAACAGAAGAAGAAUGUCUUCUGAACUAGGCAGUCAGUUUCGGGUCCGCUCAUAAGUCCGACGCCUCAUAGGUCCGACGCCUCAUAAGUCCGAAAUUUAGGACGUAUGAGGCGUCGAACGUAUGAGGCAUAACAGUUAUGUAUUCCGCCUCAUAGGUCCGACGCCGCAUAAGUCCGAAACAGCGUUUGUCUAUUGUCGGACUCAUGAGGCGGCGGACUUAUGAGGCGGAUUUAUGCCUCAUAAGUCCGACGCCUCAAUUUUGGGCUUAUGAGGCGCCGGACCUAUGAGGCGUCGGACUUAUGAUACGGCCCCGUCAGUUUGUAGGCAUUAAUGCAGUUACUUUGUUCGAGUUAUGGAAUGUAUGCAGCGUACCUUGGAACAAAGCUAACAUGAAUUCAGAUGUCUUUUGGUAAGACUGGAAUAAAGCGUACUAAUGUGACAUAGGAA